CCCCUUGACUGUCUCCUUCACAGUGCGCUCACAGGCAGAUACAGCUGAAUUUCAACCGAGCUGGCCACUGUCCUUGCAGUACGGGGGAAAACAGGGACCUUGCAAUGAUCUCGCUGGACUUCAAUUUCAACAUUUUGACAAGGGACCUGUCAUAUUAUCUGGAAAAUCAAGUGAAAGUUGGGCUGUUCGGCUCGGGAGUAGGACUGUCUCUGGUGCUGGGCUUUAGCGCAGCGUACACCUGCUACUAUUUGAUUUCAGUAGCGAAGAAGCCACAGCUCAUCUCAGGGGGUAAGAAGUUCUACCAGUUUCUGAGGGAGCAAUGUCCGGUGGUGUCAGAGACCUACUACCCCACCUUUUGGUGCUGGGAGAGCCGCAUCCAGACUCUGCUGAGACCCUUUGUCACAGCCAAACCUGGGGUGGUUUACAGAAAUGAACUUAUUAAGGCAGCAGAUGGAGGACAGAUCUCUUUGGAUUGGUUUGACAACGACGACAGCCUCUCUCAUCCCGACCCCGCCACCAGGCCCACAGUCCUCCUUCUCCCCGGUCUGACCGGCACCAGCCGAGAGUCCUACAUCCUGCACAUGGUCCAACAGAGCCGGGAUCUGGGCUAUAGAUGUGUGGUAUUUAACAACAGAGGGGUUUCCGGUGAAACGCUACUGACCCCGAGGACCUACUGUGCGGCCAACACAGAGGAUCUGGAGACUGUUAUUGAGCACAUCCAGAAGACCAAUGAAGCUGCUCCAAUCAUGGCUGCUGGAGUAUCCAUGGGCGGGAUGAUGCUGGCCAAUUAUUUGGGGCGCAAGGGCCGGGAAACCUGCCUGAAAGGUGUUGUAGUCUUCUCAGCAGGCUGGGACGUAUUUGAGUGCACCGCUUCGCUGGAAAAACCCCUGGACCGUUUCCUCUUCAACUCCUACCUCACCAGCUGCCUACAAGCGUCUGUGCACAGACACAGACCAGUGCUUGAAAAGUGUUACGACAUCGAUCAUGUCAUGAAGGCAAGGACCAUCCGAGAGUUUGAUGAGAGGUUCACCUCCAUAAUGUUUGGUUAUCCCACCAAUGACGACUACUACCAUGACGCCAGUCCUGUCCACAGGCUGAAAUCUGUUCAGGUGCCAAUGCUGUGCCUGAACGCUGCUGAUGAUGUCUUCUCUCCAUCUCAUGCCAUUCCAGUGGAGGCAGUGAAGCAGAAUCCCAACCUGGCCCUGCUUAUUACCUGUCAUGGCGGCCAUAUUGGCUUCCUCGAGGGCCUGUGGCCUCGACAGAGCACUUACAUGGACCGUGUCUUCAAGCAGUUCGCUAAGGCGGUCAUCGAGCAAGGCAGCGGACUCACAGACCUCUCCUGAUAAGAGAACUUAACAAAGUGUUCCUCUACUUUUACUUCCUCUCUCCUUUUUCUUUCUUCUUUCUUUCCUUUUAUCUACGCCGUCCAUCCUUCCAUCCUUUAUUCCUUCCAUUUCUAAUUCCUUCCUUCCUUCCAUCCUUCGACCCUUUUCCCUCUUUUCAUCCUUCAUCUUUUUCAUUCGCCCUCCAUCCCUCCUUACCGCAUUCCAUCCGUCGUUUAUUCCCUCCCUCUCUACCUAAUCCCAUUCUGCCUUUUCCUUCCUUCCAUUCACCUUCUUUUAUCUUUGCUCUCCAUCCUUCCGUCCCAUUCUUCCUCCACAAGCAAAAAACAAUAAUUCUUUCUCAUCUGAAAGGCACAUCUUAUUGAAUGCAGAAUUUGUGUUGCAUUCAACAUCCAUUUAUUCAUUCCAUUGUUAACAAGUCAUUGUAUGUAGUCAUGCUCUCAAUGGCAUGCUUAUUAAAAAACAAGCAUAGCUGUUCUUGUCACUGUUGAGAAGCUGAAUCUUUGCCCAUCUGGUUUAGUUGCAUUAGCUAGCUAAAAAAAAAAUUCAGCGAUUACCUUGUGCAAUCAUAAUUUUAAAGUACUGUACAUGAAAAUCCAAUCAUCUUUAUUCUUGAAACGUCCUUUAGUUCAGUUAUCAGUAGGAUUUUAUCCCUCAGGGAUUUUCUUUAUUGACUCAUAUUUCUUUCUUUCCUGUAUUUUAUAGUUUUGUCAGUCAUUCUCCAUCAGUUUGUAUUUUCUUCAUUUAAAAGUUGAUGUUUCUUAUCAGUUGACAAAAAGUAGUAUUUUUUUUUCUUUAAAGGAAUAGUUUUACAUUUUUGUGACCUACACCUUGUUUAUUUUCUUGCUGAAAAUUAGAUGAGAAGAUUGAUACUGCUUUCAUGUGUCAGCCAGCUAAGCUAAGCACAUUAGCACAUUAGCUCAGCUUAGCAUAAAGACAGGAACCAGGGAGAAACAGCUAGCUUGUCUUUGUCCAAAGGUAAAAAGAAAAGAAAUUCCUACCAGUAGGUGGGUUUUGUUACUGUUGGACCCAGCUAGCUGUUGCUCACUGUUUCCUGUCUUUAUGCUAAACUAAGCUAAGCUAAACAGAUGCUUCAUAUAGACAGGAGAGGGGUAUCAAUCUUCCCAUUUAACUCUUUGCAAGAAAGCACAUUUCCCAAAAUUAUUUCUUUCCUUAACCUCCUUCUGCAUGCACUUUUAUUUUCGCACAUUCUACCUUUACGCACACCAAAUAGUUCUACAAAUGUAUAAUAUGGAGAAUAAUUCAUUAAUGACAAGGAAUGUGAAAUUGCACUAUUUUAGUUGAAACUACCAUGCCUCUAAUUCCUUAAUGCAAGGCACUUCAUUUCAUUCGAUAUAUGAAAGUAUUUCCCAAAGGCUGAACAUAGAAGUAUAUGAAUUCCAUGAGGUUUUCUAUGUGAAAAUGUUGGUGGAUAGAUCUGUUAGUAAGUCUUAGGGUGCUAGAUACAGCGGUGUGAAUGAAGUAAUGCACAUAGGAAGACAGAUAGUGUAUAUGUUGGCUGUUCAAAGUGGUGGAUGUUGCUUUACGAGAUGCGUAGUAUCGUUAAUGGGACCUGGCUGUCAGUCUUUUUUUUUUUUUUUCUUUUUGUUUUGCCAACAAUGAUCAAGCGGCUGGCUACCGUGUAUGAGUUGGCGUCGAUGAAACAAGCAGAUCUGACUGGCGGCCAGGUUUUCAGUAAUGCACUGCAUGAGGGAUUUUUGGACUUCCUGUUCCUGUGGAAUUUUGGUGUCUGUUUGUUCUGCCAAGUGUCCAUUGAGUAGCAUGUGUCUCAUCAGCGUCAUCAUGUCCUGAACCUUAACAUCACCUCGUAAUCUGUAGCACAAAGGACAUGUUUGUGUUUUUUUGUUUUUUUUCAUAGGAUGCUGCAUUUCAUUUUGUACACUACUUAAAAAAGAAAAAAUGUGCAGCAAUAAAAUUUUAAAUUAAAGAAGUGUCUCUAUAGUAUAAGUACUAGUAUAUGCACAUUAUCAACAUGAGUGUAAUAUGCUGUAUUUAAUAAAUUAUUAAACAGAAUCUAGGUGCAUGUGUC